UUGACUUUAACUCUAGCGAAGCUGCUAUGGCAUAUAAAUGAUCCAAAAUCAUGGCAGAGCCGUCAAGCUUGAGUCCUUUUAAUUUAUUAGAGAAUUGAAGAAGGAUGGAAAAGGUUGUGGGAAUCAAACAACUCCGUGCAUCUAAACACGAAGUACGCCUAAAAAACUAUCCUGCGGUGCCGCAAUGGGUAGUUGUUAUGUACAACACCGUCUUCUUCAGGACAUGCAUCACUCAUCCAGACUCCAGAAUGGAUCGUUUUUGUGCUGAUUGCUAUUCUUCUUUGUGCUCAAAUUGUCUUCCAGCUCAUGCUCGCCAUAAGCACGUCAAGAUUCGAAGAUAUAUCUAUAGCGAUGUAAUCAAUCGGCAAGACUUGUCCAAGCUCUUCAACUGCUCUGGCAUACAGACUUAUGUUACAAAUAAAGCUAGAGUGCUAUUCUUGAAGCAAAGGAACCGUUAUCAUCGUCACCAACAGCAGCAAAUUAAUUUCAAGGACUAUAGAUGCAUCAUCUGUCACAGAAGUUUGCAAGAUAAUUGUUCACACUAUUGCAGUAUUGAAUGCAAGGUUACGGCUAUUUAUGGAGGCGAGUGUAGGAAAGAUCAAUACCGAAUUCAACAUCUCAAGAGGCGAAAAUUAAAGCAAUCAAGAAAAGGAGUUCCGCUAAGAGCCCCAAUGUUCUAACGUACCACGGGGAUACCAUUGGGAUGAAUUAAUUAGUAUGUAUUAUACUAUAAUGCGUGAUUAUAUAUAAUUCAUAGUAUAAAAUUGUAACUAUGCUUGUAUCUUUUACACCCCCGGCCGGGGAGAAGAAAUGUUUGUAUUUGUUUAUUAAUUAGUCUCUAGGGUUUAAAGUUUUAACCACGUAAAAUAAAA